AUGACUAACCUAACCGCUUCUGAUUCAAUUGGUCUAGGACAUAUCAUGGUUAGAGACUUGACCAAUUUAUCUAUCACACUCCAAAGUCUACUUCCUGAACCUAAAAGUACUGCACCAAACCCACAUCGCUUUCCAUCACUUGAUUCACCAGUUCCUGAACACUUUCCUCCACAACAGCCUCCGCCUACCAACAAUAACCUUCCCCCAAUGACCUACCCAAAUCCACCGAAUUUUCCACCCAUCUACACUUCCCCACAAAGUCAACCGCCUACCUACACUACCUAUGCUACUCCUCCUAAUCCACCACAUGUAAACCCACAAAAUCAACCUCCAACUCAUACUCUUUACGUUUCUUUUCCCACUAACACCUAUCCACUGCCUACAACUACUCUUGUAAACACAUCGAAUUCACCACCUCCAAUCCAAAAUUCUCCCACUAUCCAAACUUAUCCAAUUCAGCAUAUACAAGGGGCACAUAUUGCCACUCCUUACGCGCAACAUGAUUCUCCAGUAUAUGCGGUGGAAAUUCAAGCCUUUACCAACCCAAUAUCGGUCAAGUUUCAACCCGAGGUAGAUCAAUAUGAGGAAAUGGAUAAUGAUGUGAAGGCAAAGACUGAUGAUGUGUUAGUUAGAGAGAUUCGUGAUCUUAAUGAAGCAAUGAGAAAUCUCCAAACUACUAGGGGUAACAAAAGCUUAGAAUAUGAGGAUUUGUGUGUGCAACCUGGCAUUGACUUGGGUAUAGGGUACAAACCGCCAAAGUUUGAUAUAUUCAAUGGAAUCGAUGAUCCUCAUACACAUCUAAGGGAAUAUUGUGACAAAUUGGUAGGAGUGGGGAGAUACUAG